AUGCCUCAGACCGGUCCCUCAAUGUCCCCAGGGCUGGUAAUUCAUCGCGCAAAUAACACAUCUACUUACCGGGGCCGUUUCAAUCUCAUCCCUGAGUCUGCUUGCUCCCAAAAGAUCUUUCAAGGACCGCUCCACAUCGAAAGCGGCGGCGAUGAGCAGAUAUGGCCAUUUGCAAUAACUCUGCCAAAGUAUGUCGACCCGAGAUACUUGCAGGGUGGAGGACAGGACGAGAUCUUUUUACCUUUGGGCGCAGCAGACCACAUUCUACCAUCGACAUAUACACUUCGCUCCCUUGGAAAUACCGAGGGUUUCAUCGAGUACUUCUUGAAGGCUACCAUGAGGAUUACCGGGCAGGGUCAUAUCAAUAUGGUUGAGGCUGUCCUUCCGUUUAAAGUCGCAAACUUAAGUCCCGACCCUCCCAUCGCAGAAUUUGGACUUAAGGGUUCACAGAGCCGUCAGAGCAUGUCGAGCUAUCGCCUUGUCCCAGGUAUGGAAGAUGCCAAGUUAUCGUUUUCUCAGAAGAUGAAACAGUCUUUCAGCACUUCAAGUGUACCGGAGUUUGUCUAUAAUCUAUUGGUUGAUGUCCCAACGGUCAUCCAACUCGACAACCCUACUCCGAUCCCAUUCAAAUUACGUGUAGUUCCAGACUUGAACGGGACAAGCGAAAUCAUUAGAGAUAUACCGCAAAAGGUCAAAUUAACAUCAGUUUCUAUUCGAAUUGCCAGCAGCACCGAAGUCAUCUGCGAAGGAACCCUAUAUCCCCAUACGAAGGAGAAACGCGAGGAGAUAGACUUGUGUCUUAUGAACGAAUGGCCUCCACUCGAUAUUGGAGACAUGAUUGACUUGCGCCUUGGACAACUAAGGCCUGGAUUUCCGCAUCGACCGGGUGGUGGAUACCUCCCCUUCGACCCAAGUUUCACCACAUACAACAUUCGUCAUUCUCACAGGCUGACAUGGGAAGUCAGAGGCGAGAUAGCAGGAGAGAGCUUCAGCGCGUUGGGGGCAGUACCCUUGAAGCUGCUGAUGCCAAGUGACGAGCGAGGGCGGCUGGGUGAGAAAGAUUCGGUCCAAAGAGCCGAAACUGAAGCUGCAGUUGACGGUGCACCAGGUCCAUCUCAUUUGCAAAGGAACGAGUCGUGGAUCCAGCCCCCAGAUGAAGAUGACGCACCCCCAAGCUUUACUCAAGUAGUCAAGGAAGAUGAAGGAGCACAUAUAGCAGAGAAGUCCAGUCAAUAG